CGCCGGAUGUGAGUCAGACCUAAGGAGCCCCACGUGUUUGCUUGGGGAGGGUGAUCGCGGCUUCAAUCGGGAGUCAGGAUGUCUUACGGAGGGCGAGGAGGCUUUAAUCGUGGAGGAGGAGGCGGAGGUUUUGGUGGCGGACGUGGAGGAGGUUUUGGUGGUGGACGUGGAGGAGGCGGAGGUUUUGGUGGCGGACGUGGAGGACGCGGAGGUUUUGGUGGAGGACGCGGAGGUUUUGGUGGAGGACGCGGGGGUUUUAACAGAGGUUAUGACCAAGGACCACCAGAGAGCGUUAUUGAGGUUGGAGAGUUCAUGCAUCCUUGUGAAGAUGAUGUUGUGUGUAAAUGUACAACAGAAGAAAACAAAGUGCCUUAUUUUAAUGCCCCCAUUUAUCUUGAAAACAAAGAACAGAUCGGAAAAGUGGAUGAAAUAUUUGGGCAGCUGAGAGGCUUUUAUUUUUCUAUAAAACUAUCUGAUAACAUGAAAGCAUCGUCCUUUAAGAAAUUGCAAAAGUUUUAUAUAGACCCAGCAAAGCUGCUGCCAUUGCAGAGGUUCCUUCCUCGGCCACCUGGUGAGAAGGGUCCUCCACGUGGUCGCGGAGGAGGAAGAGGGGGCGGACGCGGUAGAGGUUUCAGAGGAGGUGGUGGAGGAAGAGGAGGAGGGAGGAGCGGAUUUCGAGGUGGACGAGGAGGAUUUGGUGGAGGUGGUGGUGGUGGAGGCUUCAGAGGAAGAGGUGGGGGCGGAGGACGAGGUUUCAGAGGAGGCCGGUAGUAGAAGCUUUGACAUCCAGAGGUGGUUGGUGGCUUUCGGAGACAUCCUUUUUUGUGGAAAUGUAGCCUGGUAUUUUCACAAUGUGUAAAAUCCUAACCACACAUCAUAAAGAUGACAUCUCAUUGUGUGUACAUACAGGGACAUUGUGGACCUAAACCAGUCAUGUUGAGGUAUUUUUCAUGGAAUAGAUGAAGAUGUUACCUGAAGAAA